AUGAUACAUAAUCAGAAUAGAAAUCCUAUCUCUGAUCCAUAUGCUCUUGAAGAUUAACUAGCUAGAGAAUUGUAAAAGAGAAAAGUAGAAGAAGAAAAAAGAAGGAGAGAAAUUGAAAGAAUUUGUGCUGAAAGUGAAGAAAUCAAAUUGUUAAAAUAAAAAGUACAAACUGCAUAUGUCACUAAAGAGAGAACACAAUAAUUAGCAGAAUAACAAUUAAGAAGAAUUUAAGACUUGGUAUGUUUAGACAGUUAUAUUUUAAUUAAUAGAGAUUAGAAAGUGAAAUAGAGACCGCUAUUCUUGAAAAACUAAAAAAAGAAUAAGAGGAAGAAAGAGCUAAAGAAAAAUAUCGUUUGCAUUAAAGAUUAGAGGGAAAAUAUGUAGAAUAUUAUACAAUAUCAAUUUUAGACUUUAUAAUAGUAAAUGAAAGUACAUGAAUAAUUAAGGGAAGAAGCAAAAGAAUAAUAUAAUUAUGAAAAGGAUUAAGUGAAUAGAGUGAUUAAUUAAUUAAUGGAGCAAGAUAGGAAAUUUUUAGAAGAUUAAGCAAGAAAAAAGAAAAUAGCCUUUUCUGAUAUGUAAGUAGCUUUGAGGGAAAAAGCAGAACUUAUCCAAAGUUUAAAAUAGAGAGAAAGAGAUGAAAAUUAGAAAUAUUUAGAUUUCAUAAAAGAAAAGGAUAGAUAAGCUCAUCAAAUAAAAGUAAAGAAGUAAGAAGAAAAUGCAGCUAAGUAUUGUUUUGAAUAUAAUUUAGAGAUAAAAUCUUUUAAAAAUUGAAGGAAGAGGAAGAGAGAAGAAGAUAAGAAUCAGAACUAUUAACAGAAUUAAGAUUUUAAUUAUAUUAAGAAUAAUAUGAUGCUUAAUAGAGAUAAAAAGAUAUAGAUGAAGCAAAUAAAAGAGAAUUUUAGAAAAGAGAAAUGCAAUAAGCUGAAUAAGAAGCUAGAUAGAGAAAGUAAAGACAGAGAGAAGAAGAAUAAUAAUUGGAAAGAGAUUUUAGAGAUUAAAUGAUGAGAAAAUUUGCUGAAGAUGAUAAGAUUGAAUAAUUAGGAUAGUAAAAGAGAAGAAUGAAAGAAAUGGAACAUAAAAAAGAAGUAGAGAGAUUAUGGCAAUAAAGAUUAUAAUUAUUUUAAAUGGAAUAGUAGAAAGAGAUGGAAUAAUUAGAAAGAUAAAGAAGAGAAGAACUCUAUAAAUAAUAAGUAAUAGAGGAAGAGAAGAAUCGAAUUUUACAAGAACACUUAUAGUAAGUUGGAGAGUUUAUACCAAAAGGGUUAUUGUUAAAAUAAGGAGAUACAUAAUAUAUUAAACAAUCAUAACCAAAUGGAAGUUAUUAAUCUGGAUUUAGAUUUUGA